AUGUCUUUGAAAGAGGUCGAUAAUUUCGUUCUACUUUUCCCUGAUGAAGGAUGGAAUAGCCUAGCCACAAAUGAUCAGCUUACGAGCGUUAUAUCUCAAUUGAGUCCAAAUAUCUCCUAUGCCGAAUCCAUUUCCGAUAAUAUUCAAACAUUAUCAACUCGUAAUGCGGAUGCGACCGGUGUUAUAGGAGGCUUCCUGUACGUGCCGGAUCUCGACGAGGACAGUCCAUGCUACAAUAUCUCAAAACAAUAUAUUCCCUCAAAUGCUACAAGGCAAGCCAAUCUUCCCGCAACGGAUUUCACAUUGGUUGCAUUGGCACCUUGGAUUAGUAAAGAAUGUACGAAAGGCUUCUUAGCUGCAGCACGGAAAGAUCCUGCACGAGCUUUCAUCUUCUACCAGCCAGAUAACGGUACAGCUAAACCGCCACCAAUCAGUUCCGAACUGUGGGGACUUGACGAUGGUGGAUCAUGGAAGUCUACAAACAAAUACCCGGUAUAUGCCGUUCCUGGAAGCGUAGGGGCACGGAUGAUGCAUGAAAUAAGUCUAUAUUCUGGCAACCUUACGGACGUGCCCAAUGGCCAUGAGCUAUCAAGCUUCCCAGGCGUCGACCCCCGAGAUUAUGCACGGGUGUAUACUCAGCUGAAUGUAUCUCAUGGCACAAAUCUGCCUAAUCUAUGGGAGUUUCUGCUGAUUAUUGUGGCCGUACUCGCCAUCAUGUUGACCAUCACUUCAGGCUCCAUGCAUUAUCUCCAAAGGUGUCGAAGACGGGCUCUCCGGAGACGUGUGGAAACUGGCGAAGUGAACUUGGAAGCAUUGGGUAUCAAGCGUCUUACAGUACCACAGGAAAUCAUCGAAAGAAUGCCUAUAUUCACCUACUAUUGUGGCUGGCAGCAGCCCCAUGUUGCGCAAAAUGGGUCAAGGGCAGCCGAGGAAAUCCCUUCUGACAAGGGAAUCUUAACGGAGGAAAACGAGGUUUCAUUCUCUGAUGAUUCAGCAUUGAAUGCAUUGUCUCCGACUUUGGUAUCCGAAAUCAGAACAUCCUCACUAUCCAUCUCAGCCCAACGAGUUGUACCAUUUUCUCAACCUACUUGUCCUAUUUGUUUGGAUGAUUUUGAAAGCGGAACUACUUUGAUUCGCGAGUUGCCCUGUGGCCACAUUUUUCAUCCAGAAUGUAUAGACCCAUUUCUUAGCAACAAUAGUUCACUAUGUCCGAUGUGUAAGAAAAGUGUCUUGCCUGUUGGACAUUGCCCAAUAAAAAUCACCAACGCAAUGACCAAUAGGGAAAGGAACAUGAGAAGAUUGAGAUCUCGAAUCACUAUUCAAGAGGAGAACCAGGAUGUUGAGGCUGGCCAUCCAAGGUUUCUUGUCCGGGACUUGGGCACUCGCUUCAAAAGGCGGAUGUUUAGCAUCUCAACACUCCCUACGAAUAACGUACAAAUGACGGUUGGAUCACCAGCUGUCACUGGACUACCAUUAAUGACAAGUGCAAUACGGUCGCAAUCACAGGCGAACAGUAUACUAGGAGUUGAGGUGUUGCAGGAUGGACUUUCUCGACCAGAGAGGGCCCAACAACGAAUCCGCGAGAUUGCAGCGCAACAACCUGCAAUACAAGACCCGGACUUGGUUCAAACGAGGCAUCAAUUACCUUGUAGGCGCUUCUGA